GAAGCUGACGUAUGCGGAAGCAAGUCGUGGCUUUAGCCUGUUAGCUCAGAACAUAAACAGAGGAGAUGUUUUCAUCUUAAAUCUCCAAGAAAUCGGACAUUAUUUCAGAUCUCGCUUUGACUCUGUCCGGUCGACCUACUGGUGAUCUCUCUGAGCCUGUCAGACGACUGAGAAGGAGCUAAUCUUCGACCUGAGAUGGAGGACCCUCCAGGAACCGGAGCAGAGUCUGCGGCUCCAUCACCUGCAGGUGCAGCCAAGUCAAAGCUGGACACACUAGCCAAAGAUGACCUUAUUAAGUUUGCCAAGAAGCAGAUGGCUGGCAUGCAGAAGAUGAAGAGCAGAUGCGCAGAUUUGGAAAAAGAAGUUGAAUCCCUCAAACGGCAAUCCAAAAACAAUAACAACUGUUCAGAUGACUCCACUCUGAUACAGGAGCUGACUGAGAGGAUGGAUGCCUUACUACUGGAGAAGGCAGAAACUCAGCAGAGUCUUUCACUAUCUCGUAAAGAUUUAGAGAAGACUAAACAGCAAGCCAAGGGUGAUCUUGUGGGACUGCAAGGAGAGCUUGAACGUGUAAUAGAAGAUCACCAAAGGAAGAUCAAGACCCUAGAGAGCAGCAUCGAGGAAUCCAACAACAAACACCAAGAAGAAGUGGCUUAUUUCCAGAAAUUACUGAAAGAGCGAGAAGAAAGUGACCGGGAGAGGGAGAGUGAAAGAGAGAGGGCUGAACACGCCAGUGCAAAAAAGAGCAAUGAAGAGGGCCGCCCUAACUUAGAAGCUCAGCUGGAAGCCCUUCGAGCGGAACUGGAAGCGAUCAAAGAGCGAAAAUCCCAGGAGACGGCCGAGGUGCAGGAAAGCCACCAAAGGGAGUUGACAGAGGCCCAGCAGGAGGUGGAGAACCUGAAGGAGGAGCUGGCUCAAAAGAAUCUGCAGCACGAGGAGGAGAUGAGGGCUCUGGAGGAGGACUGUGAGAUGGAGAGGGAGCGUCUCCUGUUGCUGCACGAUGAGCUGACCGAGCAGCUCGCUCUAAAAGACAGCUACCUGCAGGAUGUGCAGGAGGAAGAUGAGGAACCUUCCCGCAGGUCAGGCAUCGCCAAAAUGCUGGAGCUGUCUACCUGCAGUCAGGUUGACUCCAGCCUUGGCGACGGAGAGGAGACGGAGACCGGACGAGUGAGAGCAGCCAUGGAAGACCUUCAAGCCCAGAGUACCAUGCUACAGGAUGAACUCACCCUGCUCAGCAAUGUGAAGGGAGAGCUCGAGGCAGAGCUGGAGAAGACCAGGGAGGAGUUUCAGAUGGAGAGAGAAGAGCUGGAGUUCAAAAUCAAUGAGUUGCAGAUGAGCCGGGAAAGUGCUCCCAGUGACCCAGCCGCAACCCUGGACCCUGACCAACAAGAAGACCAAGGAGAGUCUCAGCAGCAGAGUGAAGCACACAAAGACGGAUGUGAAUCAGCAAUCAGCCCCUUGAAUCCAGAGGAGCUGAGGGCCCAGUGUGAAGCCUUGACUGGAGAGAGAGACUCUGCCGUGGCUGAGUGUCAGCACAUGAGAGACAUACUGCAAGGUGUGGAGACAGAACUGGGUGAGAAGACGACUAAUUUUGUCCUUCAGUACAAAGCCAUGAAGGAGCAGGGGGCUAAUACUGUACAGGAACUCCAAGAAAAGAUGGAACACCUCAACCAGGAGAGGGAUGAACUGUUGGAGAGGGUGGGAGAGGUAACAGAGGAGAAAACCACUCUGAUGAAGAACCUGCAAGACCUGAAGCUGAAGCUGGAAGGUUCUGCAGGCGAGGACCAGAAACUCCGGUCGUCUGUAGAGGAGCUGAAGCAAUCUGUGGAGGAACUGAACAGGCAGAAUGAGGAGAUCCUCUCCCAACUGCAGAUGAAGGAAAACACGACUCAAGACCUGGAAGAGAUGGUCAACACGCUGACUGAAGAGCGAGACAAGAUACAGUCCCAGCUUCAGCACAGAGAUGAGGAAAUGCAAAAGCUGAACAACGAGAAAGCAGAAGAAAUCGAGAGGCUGCUUGAAGAGAAAGAGAAAGAGGCACUUCUACGUAGAGAUGAGAGCGAGAAGAAAAAAGAGAUGGAGGAUGAGGUUCAACAUCUAAAAGAGGAGGGGGAAAAGAUGGAGGAGAGCCUGAAAGAGGAGGUGGAAAGAAGGCAGGAGACAGUCUCUGCAUUAGAGCUGACUAUUAAAGAGCUCUCUGCAGAAAAGGCUGACCUCCACCAGAAAUUGGAACAGGCAUCUUCUGGGCUUUCCAAUACCCAGGAAACAAGGGAGCUUAUGGGCUCCAAGCUGGCCGCCCUGGAGGCUCAGCUAGAGCAGGAGACAUCUGAGAGGAAUCAGCUAGAGGCAAAGUUGAAAUCACUAGCAGAGGAGGCAGAGCAGGCCCGCACCACCAUCACAGCUCUGGAAGAAAACCAGUCUGAAGUCCUCAGAAACUCCACAGAAGAAGUUGAGGAGCUCCGAGCACGCGUCGAUGAGCUGGAAAAGGAGAGGGGGCUGUUGAGGAGUGGUCUCGAGGAGGCUCAAGGGGUAAUAGGAUUGGAGGAGGUGGAAAAGGAGCUCCAGGCUCGUAUCGCAGAGCUGGAACAGGAGAGGAGCAUGUUGAGAAACAACCUGGAGGAGGUGGUGAAGGACACCGAAGGGCUGCAGAAAGACCUGGAGGACAUGAAGUCAGUCAAUGAGAAGAUGAACGAGGAGAACCAGAGACUGCAGGCUCACGUUUCUCUGAUGACUCAAGAGAAAGAGGAGAAGGAGGAAGGGGAAAUGGAGAACAUGGAGAAAGAGAGAAGAGAGCUCAAAGAGCAGCUGACGGAGAAGGAUUCACUCACAUCUCAGCUGAGGAGCGAGCUUGCUGCUCUCCAGGAGUCUGCUGCCCAGUCUGCUUCCUCUGAGGAAAAUGCAGCCUGCGAGAUCACACAGAAAAUAGCUCUGCUGGAGAACGAACACAAAGAAAAGGACCAGAAGAUGAACAAAAUCAAAGCAGUUGCCAUCAAAGCAAAGAAGGAGCUGGAAACCAGUAAGAAAAAGGUUGCUUCCCUCAAGGAAGAAGUAGAGUCACUGAAAGCUGAGAGGGAGAAAGUGAGCAGCUCUAUGAAAGAUAUCAUCCACGGGGCUGAAGGCUACAAGAACCUGCAGAUAGAUUACGACGGGCAGACGGAGCAACUGGAUAAAGAGAGAGAGAAGGUGGAGGAGGCCGAGAGACAGAUCGCUGAGCUGACCAAACGACUCAGCAGUGCUGUCACACAGACGGAGACCCUAAGCAGUGAGAAGGAGGACCUGCUGGCUGGUAUGGAGACCAUGAGGAGCGCUGUGAGGCAGCUGGAAGCCCAAAACCAGGAGCUUCAAAGACAGUCGGUCAGUCUGGACAGAGACCUGCUGACUGAGAGAGCUAUGAAAGAACAGAAGAUCAAGGACUUGUCAUCUGCCAUGAAGGAGGUAGAAGAGCUGACAGCUCAGCUCCGCAAGCAGCAGCAACAGUCUCAGCAGACUGCCCAGGAGCUGGAGCAGCUACGCAAGGAGGCGCAGCAGAGCUCUCUGCUGGACAUGGAGAUGGCCGACUACGAACGCCUGGUGAAGGAUCUCAACGCCAAACUCUCAGAUAGAGAUGAGCGUGCUGAGGAUUUAAAGGCUCAGAUAAACACACUGACCCAGAAGGAGGACACACUCAAACAGGAAAUCGAGGCUUUGAAGUCCCAGCUGGACCAGGGGGAGGAGAAGACCUCCAAGAUGAAACAGCUGCUGAUGAAGACCAAGAAGGACUUGGCCGAUGCCAAGAUGCAGGAAAGCUCCCUCAUGGUGGUGCAGGCCUCUCUGAAAGGAGAGCUGGAGGCGAACCAGCAGCAGCUAGAAAGCUCCAAGAUCGAGGUGUGCGGACUCACGGGUGAGCGCCAUCGUCUUCAGGAGCAGCUGAGGUCGACGUUGGAUCAGCAACAGAGAACCAGCAACUCCCUGCAGCAACGCAUCAACAGCCUGCAGCAGGAGAGAGACACUGCUAAGACUGAGCUCACGGCAACAUCUGGCGAGUUUGAGGGUUACAAGGUGCGAGUCCACAAUGUGCUCAAACAGCAGAAGACUAAAACCACGGCUCAGAGUGAAGGAGACUCUGUUAAAGUAGAGAGGGAGCAGUUGUCCUCUCAGUUGGAACAGCUGAGGUCCAGGCUGACAGAAAGCCAGCAGAGCCUCCAGAGCAGCACCACAGAGCUGCUGCAGCUCCAGACCGAACACGACACUCUGCUGGAAAGACACAACAAGAUCCUCCAGGAAACCGUCAGCAAGGAGGCCGAGCUACGCGAGAGGCUGCUGUCAGUGCAGUCGGAGAACGUGGCUCUGAGGUCAGAUCUGUCCCAGGCUCAGACUGACCUGUCUUCCCAGGUCGAGGCCCAGCGUCAGACCUACAGGGAGCAGCUGAGGAAGCUGCAGGAUGACCACCGGGCCACUGUGGAGACCCUGCAGGGUCAGCUGACCCGCGUCGAGGAGCAACUCUUCAUUCUGCAGAGCCAGAACAGUUCAGUGGCGGUCCACUCCAGCCGUAAGCCCCUAACGUCAGACCCCCAGCGCAGAAACACUGACCAGAACCAGUCGGGGCUGGGACUGAUGUCUCUCAGCGACCUCCAGUCGAUGGCCAGGGAGGAGGGCGAGGGCAUGGAGACUACCGAGACUGAGAGCCCUUCUGCUGCUCUCACGUCCCUGCCCUCUCUGGAGCAGCUUCUCACGUCCCCGGACCCCAAACAAGAGCCUUUCGUGUGGACGGUGGAGCCUACAAAAGAAGAGCUGAGUCUAAAGCUGAGCACAGUCACGCGCAGUAUGGAGCACAUGAACGGCCUCCUGCAUGAAACGGAGGCCACCAACGCUGUUCUCAUGGAGCAGAUCACUUUGUUGAAGAGUGAAGUGCGUCGUCUCGAACGAAACCAGGAGAGGGAGAAGAGUGUCGCCAACCUGGAGUAUUUGAAGAACGUCCUGCUGCAGUUCAUCUUCCUGCAGUCUGGCAGCGAGCGGCAGGCGCUUCUGCCCGUCAUUCACACGAUGCUGCAGCUCAGUCCAGAGGAGAAAAGCAAACUGGCUGCCAUUGCUCAAGGUGAGGAAGAGGGGACCGGAUCUCAGGGCUCAGGCUGGAGCUCCUAUCUCCACAGCUGGUCUGGGAUCAGAUAGACUUGAUGAUCAACCAACCCAACAAAAACAGUAGGAGCACAGUGUAAAGAUGUUACUGGGUCUUUUUCUGCAAAAAAAACUGCACUAAGAAGUAAUGAUGUACAUUUAAAAUCCUGGCAAAAGUGGGAGGUUAACUGGGGCAUUUACAAAAUUUGGGGCACACCAUAUAAGGGACCAAGCAGUGCAUCAGAAAAUACUGAAGAAGUGUGUAGUAGAGAUUAAACCAAAUCAUUUGAACACAAAUACUGAUUUGAAUUUGCAGUGCAAUAGUUACAUUAGUCUCUUACCAAUGAAAGUUAACUGUGACACAUUUCUGUCUUCCUCACUCUUACUAUUGACACGUGUAUUUAUAACAAUAUUUACUGGACAUGAAGGUCACACUUCCUUGAAAAGGCAUUAUAAGGCAUCAUUAGCACUAUGAAAAACAUUGUAUAAUGUACAGGAUGUGCACAAACUGUGAGAGGUGGAUUGAAUCAAGGGAUUAACUGCGUAGUUAAUAACAUGAUAUAACUUGAAUAUCAUUUUCAGAUGUUUGAUUACUUUGCUAGAUUUGCCAUGCCCUUCUAAUGGGCUUGGACUGUGUUGUAAAGUUUGGACUAUACUAGAGUUUUUGCUCUUUUGGUACAAAUCACACAUGUUUCACAUUUCUUUCAACAUUUUUUAAGGGAAUGCUUAAAUGUUUUUGAAUAUGUUUUUACUACCUUAGAGGUAGACAUUUUUUCCAUUCAUUGCAGUAUGAAAAUUGACAUGAAACAUUUAUUUUUUACUAGUUGUUGCCUGGAAGGUUUAAAAAAAGCCAAACUUAAAUGCAACAUGCUUUGGAAAACAAUCAGCAGUAGCGAAGUUAAGUAUGUGUGAUUAAAACAUGCUAAACCACUGGUGUGGUCUGUUUCCUGUAUGUCUAUCAUAAUCUCACUUCAAGUACAAAGGAGUGCAUGUCUACAUUCUCAGGUUCACCUGACUAACAUGAUUAAUAUGGAGUUAUUUUAGUGUCUUUAAUAUGCAAGGAAACAGAAUAGGUUUGAGAGCAAAAUUAUUGACAUGCAAUCAAAAAAUGUUUUAUGGCAAGUAAAAUACAUUUUUCAUUAAAAAUGUCAAAAAGUGUUCAAAUCCAAAAGAUUUUUUUGCUGUUUAGCUGAAUCUCGUGGGCGGGACAGACACGUCUCUAUUGGCCAGUCUUGAUCAGAAUGACAGCUUGGCAACAUGCACUGAUAGUAAAUGAGUUUAAGGGUCCCCUUUGAAAAUGGCUAUGAAUUUUUCCUCGCAAUUUUUUAACGCUCAUUAGUUAGCCUCCUUUUUGACAAGCAAGCAUGACAUGGUUGGUACUAAUGGAUUCUUUAGGUUUUCUAGUUUCAUAUGAUGCCAGAAUCUUCACUCUAGCUUUAAAACUGAGCCUGAUACAACUUCCGAAAGAUUGAUUGCGUUAAUGCGUUAAAGAAAUGAGUUGCGUUAAAACGAAUUUGCGUUAACUCUUAUAAUAAAAAAAAAAAUUCUCUCUAUUUUUGAUUACAGUGUGGAAAGUUUUGCUCUCAAACCUCUUCUGUUUGAUCUGAUAAUAAAGACACACAAUUAACUCCAUAAGAACAUUAUCAUAACAGCAUAUUUAUACUUUUUUCUGACUGAUUUUGCAGUUGUUCACUAAUGCCUCACAUCCUGAAGUCAGGAGCAGUUAUAAUCUUCACUCCCUGAGUUUUGAUUCAUCAUACCCUGUAGCGAUGUUUGGUUUGUGAUUUUUGUUCUGUGUAAUUUGUUGUUACUGUUAGUUGUGGUUAUUAUUUAAUGCCAAAUUAUGAUUCAAUCAUAUUGGGAAUGCUUUGUGUUGUCUGUCACUUGUUGUGCUGCUGUAAUCGCUGAACAUGAAAGAUUUGUUGCAACUUAAUCUGCACAGCUGUUUUGUUGAAAGGACGGUCGUCGUGACAACAAGCACAUCCUCCCUGCUAAAGUGUCCUUGAGCAAGACUCCAUAUCCAUACCUAUGGGUGUCUGACCAUGACCUCUGACCUCCCUGUGGAGGUGGGGGAAAAGAAAAGACAAUCCUGCACAGAAGCCCCCCCCCUCCAUGUAAAACACACAUCCACCCACUCUUACUCCGGUCCUACCAACGAUGAAGAUAACUGGCCUGUUCAUUUUCUCAUUCCAGUGGCAGCUUUAUUUGUGAUUCCUUCAGCAUAAGUGAAUGUAUUUUUAUCUACGGCUUUUAUAUUUAUGUUGGUUAAUGUCAGCAGGAGCUAUGAGAGAUUACUGUAUCUAUAAAAUUAGAUCUGUAUAAGAAUGAAUGAGCAUUUUACAGUAUGUUAACCAGUUCACUAGAGACAGGUCUUGUUUAUUUUCAGGCUAUUUCCGACUGUAAACUAAAAUAAAGUUAACAUGGUUGAGAAUG